GGUGCCCGCAAUGGUAUGAUCCCUUCGUCGAGCAUACUUUAUCCGUUCCGCGGUAGGUGGAGGACAUUAAGGACUGAACGAGUUCCUCUUCUCGUUCGCAGUCGCAGACCCCUUGUGUUCGCCACAUUUCCCGACGGGAACCGGUGACUUAUCACCGCCCGGUUCUCUCGGCCAGCAGAGCGUUUGUGAUGCCAACCCACACACCACAUCGCCCUGGUGGACCCCACGCCUAAUACACACACCAUCUCCCCACUGCCCUCUUCGGAUUCCAUGCCGCAUAUCCAACAACGAUCGUCGACCAUGGCUUUCGACAUUGCAGUCUGCUAGUGAGUGACGUGUCAUGGCGAAGGGUGCCGUCUAGCUUUCGGCGAGCUCUCUCUCUCCCUCUCGAUUCAUCUCGUCGAUAUAUACCGGGCGUGUACGACCUCGACCCGAGAAAGCAUGAGCCUUUUUUUUUGUGUCUCCAUAGAUUUCAUGUUGUCUUGUUUUCUGUCCUUCGUGUGAUUGCUUCACUUCAGAAGUCGCCGUUAUAUCGGCUUGGGCAGUCUUCGGUCGUACACCACUCACACACACUCUUGUGUCCGUCACCCUAUUCACCUACGCCCCCGUCCCCUGACCCCCCAUUUCUUUUCCACAGUAUGGCCGCAAGCAUCUCUGCUUGCUUCGAGCUUGUUUCUCUCCCAACCUACCGCUGUCUCAGACAUUUCACAAACCAUGUCCCUAAGAUAUCACUACACGUGCCAUUGCGAAUGUCCCGGAGAAGCAACGACGGAAAGAACAACAACAGCGAAACACACGCAUGGAGGGCCAGGGGGCGUACUGUUCUCCGGCGUUUGGGUGAGUUAUUCUGGGUCGUCAUUAUCUACAUCGCCAGUGAGCUGCUCAUAUGGUGCCUCUCCCUGGCACUGAGACUGGCGGGUCUCCAGUUCCUGUCUUCCAUCUUGGGCAUGCUUCUGGUGUUUGCGUCCAUGGUCUCCAUCUCGCAGCUCCGCCCGGGAUCGGAUGGCUUUUAUCGUCGCAACAUCAAGUCCAAGGUCGAUUUCAUCAACAGCAACCUCGGCGUCGGCUUCCCUGUUCCCAUCAUCAUCAUAACCAAGGAGCAGAUUCUUGCUGGUAAAGGUAUCGGAAGAGUGAUUGGAAACUUCUUUUUCACAAACGUCAUCUUCUGGGUUCUUGGCUUCUUCAUUUCCUGGGGAAUUCUGGCAGGAGUCAUCGGACUCCCUCCUCUCUCCCUCCGCCGCUCCACGAAUAGCGAGCUCGAGCAGGCGUGGCAGCCCGAAGCCGCCGCCGCUUCGCAGCCGCGCGCCGAGGCGCCACCGCAAACCAUCAACCGAAGGGCGUCAGAUACAACGACCCUAAACGGAACCGUGGUGACCGGAUACCACACCGACAAAGAGGCGGGGUUGGGCCCGGAAUCGAGGACCGUCUCGGCUUAUUUCACCGACAGCGACUGCCCAACUACCAUUCAGCCCCCGAACGCCGUGGGCGAACUGUCGAGCCGGCCAUCGUUUUCAGCUCUGCGGCGGCCGGACGACUCCAGGAGCGAACAUAACACGUUGAGCAGCUGGGUCAAGGAGUGCUACCCCAUGGCCCUCGCACUCUUUUUCCUCUUCGUCGUCGGUAUUCCCGUCUCAAGCGCCACUCGUAGCGACUGGGCGAUGGAGGGUUGCAUGAUCUGGUUCACCUGGGUCAGCAGCACGCGGCUGCAACGCGGUUUUAGCCGGAGCCAUCUCUUCGUCAACUCCCCUGGCUUCAAGACGACAGCCGUCACGCUCCUUAAUCCGGUUCUCCUCACGACGCUCACAAUGGUCGCCUACACUCGCGCCAAAGCCGCAGCAGACAACCUGCCGAUCGAACUAAAACUCAUCCUGUUCAGCAGCGGCAAUUCUCUCUCCGAUCUCAUGACAGCCGCGGUCGAAGACCAGACCCUCAGAGAAGGCGGGAGAACUUGGUUUGGCGCGGGCGAUAUGGCCCUCUCGAUUCUCGAAUGCGGUAUUGUUGUUUGGGGCUUCAAGCUUUUCGAAUGCCGCCGGCAGAUCUGGUCCCGCGCCGGCGCGGCCGUAGUGUUGAUCUCUGUCGGCAUGGCAGCGCUCAACGUCUUCUUGUCCGUUGUUAUCGCAAUCAAAACCGGCCUCGGUGGCGGAGAGUCGCUCUCCUUUGCGGCGCGAAGCACGACGCUCGCACUCGCGCGGCCGGCCAUGGCCGCUCUCCAUGGGAAUAGGUCUGUAAAUGCUGCGCUGGUAGUAAGCAAUGGCAUUCUGGGUCAGUUGAUGUACCCCUACGUGCUGCCAAGGUUGGGGCUAGAAGAUCAGAACGAGGAACAACAGGACGAAGGUAACACGUCGACCAGGGACGACGCGCUAACGAUCGCGGUAGGAGCGGUUAUUGGAAUCAAUGGCGCAGCUAUGGGCGUGUCGUACCUCUACGAGAGAAAAAACCGGGCCGCGCCGUAUGCGGCGCUUUCAAUGAUCGUGUUCGGGGUCAUGACUGUCGUUUUCACCGCGGUUGAGCCGUUUACUACCGUUCUGUUGACGAUAACGAGUGAGCAGUCGUGAUACUGGCAGGUCGCCGGUAACUAGGGUUUUUUUUGUUUCUUGUUUUUGGAUACCGAGCGGCAACUCUAGAGCAGCAGCAUAGCAUUUGGUUCACUGGCAGAUAGACAAUGGAGGCAUUC